CUCUUCAGGCUAAGGUUUGUAAGUCUACCUAUUAGGGUUUUGGGUUUCUUGCAGCGGCGGAGUUUCAGAUCCCAUAACAAUGGUGGAAAAGGCGACCAGGGGAAGGAAAGAAGAGGUUGUUACCAGAGAGUACACCAUCAAUCUCCACAAGCGCCUUCAUGGAUGCACAUUCAAAAAGAAAGCUCCAAAUGCCAUAAAAGAGAUUAGGAAGUUUGCCCAAAAGGCCAUGGGAACAACGGAUGUCAGAGUGGAUGUGAAGCUGAACAAGCAUAUAUGGAGCCGCGGAAUCCGAAGUGUGCCAAGGAGGGUUCGUGUACGCAUUGCCCGGAAAAGAAAUGAUGAGGAAGAUGCAAAGGAAGAGCUUUAUUCCCUAGUCACCGUCACUGAGAUUCCACCAGAGGGUUUGAAGGGAUUGGGAACCAAAGUCAUCGAUGGAGAUGAUUGAGUAGUAUGAUACUCUUGGUAAUUUUGUUUUAAUCCAUAAACAAUUUACUUCCAAGUUCUGAUCUGUUUUUUGUAAGGAUGAUUAACUAUUGCUCAGCAGAGAGUUGACGUAAUGGAUCGUAAGCCAGCCUAUGGUUUUUCGUU